AUGACCUCCCGGCUGGAGGCGGCCUUCCGCGAGCUGGACGCUCGGGAGGCUGCGCUGGCUGCCUUCUACUCGCCCAACCCGUCGCCGGCUCCAACUGCGGCGCACGCUCCUCCGGCUAGGACGCCGGCGGCGAGUCCAGGAGCCGACCUCCUCACUCUGCCCGAGCCGCUGCCGGCCAUCGGCGCCGAGGGCUCGUUCCUCCGCGACGGGUCGACGGCCGAUGCGUACGUGGUGCCACGGGCGACGUCGCGGAGCAGACACCGCUUUGCCCGCAUGCUGGCCGAAGAUAGCCUUUCCGCCGCCGUGUCGAGCGAGAACCCGCUGGCGGCCGUUCAGCUCCGCGAGCACAAGCUGCUCAUCCGCGACUGCCCGCCCGUCACCAUCGUCCACGGCUUCUUUGCCUCGCCCUUUGACGACCUCGCCAACAACCCGUUUUCGCUGACAGACUCGCCCGCCCGCGCCCGCGCCCUGCAGCGCGGCGACGGCAGCGGAAGCGACUCGGAUAGCAACGACAAUGACGGCGACCGCCGCUCGCGCAGCCCGCUGGACAUUGAUCCGCUCUUUCGCACUCCGGCGCAGAAGCGCGAAGCGUUCGACGCAAAGUAUGCCGCCCGGCGGAGCGGUGCCAAGUCAGCGCCGCGGCCGCGAUCGCAAGCUGCUGUCCGCCGCCGGCCUGCCAGUCGCGCUGCCCGCCAGCUCCGCAGCAGUCGUGGCCGCCACCCGCGGGCCAAGUCGUCGCUCGGCCACAGACCGCCAUCACGCGGUAGCGCCACGUUCAUCACGGCGCCUGGCGCCGGCGGAUCUCCAGCGCCCGACGUCCACAAGCCCUUUCUCCAUGAUCCACUUGCAACUGGCUACCGCCCGCCGUACGCGACGAGGACGCUCCGCGAGGUUGUUCUCGACGAGGAGGCCGAUCAGCGGCACCGCGACUUUGACCAGCUGUUUGUCACUGCAGACUCGGCUAAGCGCGACUGGCUCCGGCCGGCCUCGCGUGCCCUGCCUGACGCCUCGGCAUCACUUCGCCGCACCUGUCCUGUGCCCGAGUCGUCGGAGGAGCACUCGCCGACAGUGUACUCGCCCGCGACGCCGGCAUCACCGUCGCUGCGGCGACUGCGGUCAGACGCGCUCAACACCUCCGAGUCGCUGGCCUCGGUCGGGACAACAAGCUCGGAACUUGACGCCACGCUCGUUUCCAUGCCGGCCUCGCCGCAGUGGCAAGUCCGUACCGUUGUCGGCGUCGAGGCUGUGGCGCAGUCGUCGGCAGCCGAAAUCGACAAGGAGCUCGCGGCGCGCAAGCUCCAGUUGCACACCGCCAUCAGGGAGGCUUUCCAUGGUGGGUCUCUCGCCCGCAAGACCUACGCAGGUAUUCGAGUCGAUGAGCUCUUCUCGAAAGUCGCCACCGAGCAUUUGCACGCCCAAAACAAGACCAAGUUCAAGUCGGCAGCCCACAAGCUGCUCCAACGGCAGCGCGCUCGCCGCGGCUCGGUCAAUCUCAAGCGCCCUCCAGCCCUCGACUCAUCGCCGCUUCGUCCGCUUGCUCCGCUCUCACUCCGCACCCGCUCCGACUCGGAAUCGGCGCUGGCCGCCGUGAAUGCGCUCGACUCGGACGACCUAGCUGUCGAUUCGACGAUUAAGGCCGAGGCCGAUGACAACGCAGCUAUCGAUACCAACGCGCUCCGCAGGUCGUCUAUGAUGGCGGCCACGUUCUCCAACUCGUCGAUCGAAAAGCUCAAGCAGCGCCGGAACUCGAGUCGUCGCGGCUCGACGGCGGCGGCUAUGGUGGCCUCGGGCGUGUGGUCGAUCGACAUCCAGCUCCUCUCGCCGCACCUGGCCGGCCUCCGCGCCGAGGCGAGCGAGAGCGGCCCGCGCGAUCUUGUUUUCGCGCUCGACGUUGCGGCCACACCGCCGUCUCUCCACGACGCCGGGUUGUACUCGUUCCGAAUCAUGGCCACGUCGCAGAUGGAGCUCACCACCACGGUGUUCUCGGUCGAGGUUGUCGACGACGACACCCGGUCGCGGACCAUCAUGCGCCCGCUUGGCUACAACCCGGCCAACUCGCUCCUUGUCCUCCCGCAAACCAAGGCGACACUCUUGAGCUUGCCAGACCUCCUCCCGUGGGUCACCACGCCGGCGCAGCUGUUCGGCCGGCGGAUCCAGCUCCGCAUCUAUGCGCAGCCGCCGUCGGCGCGCCGCGGCUCAGUGGCGGCCGCCACCCUCGCGUCGCUCAGAGGCGGGUCCGACAGCAACUUUGGCAGCGCCGCCACCACGAGCCCCAGCGGAGCGCGACUUGUCUUUGAGGCUGGCCUCCUAUUUGUGCCGUCAUCGCAAGCGUAA